CUCGCCGGUUGAUCUCGAAAACAACCUGCCUUUCCCCCCCAAGAUGCGUCCCGGCGGGCCUAUGAGCCGCACACGUCCCCCGAGAUGCCACCCACAACAGCGAACUGACCGUCGCCUCAUCGGAUCUGCGCCGAAUGCCUCUCGCAUCUCACGGCACCAGCCUGAGCAUGACCCAUCCAUCCAGCGCUCCAUCUGGGCAGCUGCAUCAGUUGACCAAGCGCCAUCUGAUCCUCCUGCUUCGUUGGCUCGCGCGAUGCCGGUGGCGCUGCGUCCCGUGUGGUCUGAGGAUUCAUGGAACGCGCAGCUGAGGAGGGCGGAGGAGACCAUCAGGGCGUCGCCAACGAGCAGCAGGCAGCCCGGCGUGAUGCUGAUAUCGUUACAGCAGGUGCAGAGCAGGAUAGUCCAAACGUCUGUGCGAGGAUUCAUUGCACAUCUUGAUGUAUUGUGUGCGUUCAUCUUCCUCAGCCAUCUGUUGGUGCGGCAAGCCCACUGGAGCCUCUGCUGCCUUUGUUGUCGUCCCUCCCACGCCUCAAUCCCUCCCGCACCGACCGCAGAUACCGCUCCCUCCUCUCAUUCAUCUGGCAGCAGCGCAACACCCUCACGCCAACAGAGCUAUGCCAAGCCGCGGCGUCGCUUCGCCAACUGGACGAGCGGCAGAUGCUCGAGGCCUUCGGCGACACGCUAGUGGAGGGGGUGAGUUUCUUCUCAUCCGACGUGAUGGCAUCGCUCUCGCGGACUGUGGCGCACAUGCAGGGCGGAAGGGGCGACUCGCACAGGAGGGGAAGGGAGGAAGGCUUCUUUGAGGCGGUGCUGGACCACAUGGUGGUCGAGCCUGACCUGUUCGCGCCGGAGGUGAGGGUGCAACGGACAUACACCACACCCAUGCCGUUCUUCUAUGAAAUGUUGUGUCUUCCCUUCAGGAUUUCGCGACUUCCCUUCUCUCCCUAUGCAUGUUCCACUACCCCCCUCCCUCAUCGUCCUCUCCUCCCUCUCCCCCGCCGUUCUCAUCGCGGCUCGACACAGCAUUCGCUACAUGCGACGGCCUCAUGGCCAGCGACUCUCUGCCCGCAUCCUCGUUGAUCGAUCUGCUUGAGGCGCAUCGGCUGCGGCGUGGGUACGGUGUGGAGGGCGACCGCGAGAUGUACGUGUGUGCGGGGGAGCGGCUGGCAGGGUCGCUGGACGACUUGGGAGCGGCCAAGGUGCUGAGGGGCCUGCACGCCCUGGCUGACCUGGUGGGCAGGCGGCAGGGGGACGAUCGAAUGAACAGAGUCUUCGGUACGUCAUGAGAGAGAGACGGACACGCGAGACCAUCAUGUGGAUGUGUGUCAAUGGAUGGCCGUAGGUCUCUUCUUCCGUCGGCUGGACUCUCUGUAUCUCGACCUCACCGCCAGCGAUGUUGCCAUGGCCCUAGAUGCCGCCACCAAGCUCCUGCCACAAACGCCGUCACGAGGCGAUGCGGGUCCCACGAGCCGCAGAAUGCUCAAGCGGCUGCUGGAUGGCGUCAAGCGGACUGUGGGGCAGAUGGGCCGGAAGCACUGCCUCACCGUCUUGCGCAGCGUCAAAGAGCUGCACAGACACUGGUGGGCGUCAUCAAACACGCAAAUAAAUACCAGAACAGUCAUCCAUGCCGUGCAAUUGUUUCAUGAACGUGGAGUGCAGGGUCCGCGACGCGGAUCUGCUGAGCCUGUUGGAGGCGCAGGUGACUCGCGAGCUGAUGCACCUGACCCCCGCCCAGCUCGCCUUCGUCGUCAGCAGCUUUGCGCACAUGCGCUACGCCACCCACAGCAGCAGCAGCAGCAGCAGCAACAGCAACGACAGCAAGGCCAAUGAGGACUUCUGGGGCCUUCUGCGUGGCGAGGUGGCCGAGCGGCUGCCGUCCUUCGAGCCGAAGCACAUGGCGACCAGCCUGUGGGGCCUCUCGAAGAUGGGUGCCAUGAGCCGGAGUCUGUUCAACAAGGCGGAGAUCUACGUGCAGCAGAACAUCAUGGGCCUCUCCAACUGCGACAUCGCCCUCACUCUCUGGUCGUUCGCCACCAUGGGCAUCCAGCCAGCCCCCGAGGCGCUGGCCGUCAUCACGGCCCACCUGCACAAGAACGUCCUCACCUUCUCGCCCACCGACCUCACACAGACGCUCUGGAGCUUCACGGCCUUCGGUGCCCACAUCGAUCCGCCAUUGCUGUCGUCCUUCCUGACGUGUGUGGCGCGGCAGCUGCGGCACCUCAAGACAGAGGAGCUGGUGAUUGUGGCUGUGGCGUUGACGCGGCUGGGGUAUCGGCAGCAGCCCAUCCUGAUUGAGCUGUAUCGGAUGGUGUAUGCCGUGGCUGACAAAUUGGAUGUGCACCAGCUGGCCAUGGUGGGGGAGAGAACAGGGGCAAAGGCAGGCCCAUGCAUCUCGUGUGUGCCUGUCCCUUGUGCGUAGGUGUUUUUCACAUUUGGCAUGUCUGGCAUUCGUGACGAUGCCCUCGUCAAGCGCCUGUGCUUCCGGAUCACGCAGCAAGCCGACCGACUCAACCCACAGGUAUGCACAUGUGUCCGUCCACUCACACACACAACCAGCCCCACCCCUUCAUGUGUGUGCCGGCUCGCACAGGAUUUGUCCAACAUCCUGUUGGGCCUUAGCCGUCUGGGCGGCCGUGGGGUGACCCCAAGCUUCAUCGAGAGCAUGCAGGCAUCCUCACCAGACGACAGUGGACAGCCCGUCGGCCUCUCGAUGCUACGGCCCAGCUACCCUGACCACGACGAGGAUCAGCAUGACGAUAAUGCGAGGCCGCCAGCAAAGCAGCUGUGGACGUCAGCAUUUGCUGCUGCUGGCGAUGAUACGUCGUCAUCAGCCAGCGACUCACCGCCAGAAGCAAUGGCCCUUCCGUCAGGCGUCAAUGGCGAGAUGGUCUCCGCUCUUCGUUCACGUAUGUUCCGAUCCGACAUGCUGCGGAAGAUGGCCAGCCGCCUUUUGCCGUCCAUCUACCUGACAUGCGGUGCGCUGCAGCCCACCGAUGCUCAGCUGCUGAUGCUCAUGCACUGCAUCGUGGGCCGCCUGCCGCCUCCACUCAAGGACAAGUCGAGGAAACGGCGGCUUGUUGCGGCUCAAGAUGAUGAUAUGUCCGACCAGCAGCAGCAGCAGCAGCAGCAGGCCAAGGAGGGAGUGGGGGAGACCAGCACACUGAUGACCGCACGGGCGGGGGAGAGCUUCGCCAGCCGCCCGCCAGCUGACACAGACGACCUUCUCAACUACAAGGACAUGGCGCGGCUGCUCAUCGGCGCAGCGCAUCACCACAUCAUCUACCUGCCCUUCCUGGACCCCCUGUGUACGUCUUUGGCCCCCUGGCUGCCUCGGCUGCACGGCACGACCCUCAUAUCCCUGGUCUGGUCGCUGCACUCGCUGGGCUGGUCGCGGCCUAAGUUUCGGUGGAAGCUCGGAGGGGCCAUCAAGCAGAAGACACACAACUACCAGAUACCCAUCUCCAUCGUCAUCGAGGCGGUCCUGCCGCUGGUGCGUUAAUUGCGUGGGUGCGUGUGCGUGUGCGUGUGCGUGUGUGGAAGGAAGGAGAAGAGAUACCUACCGUACGUAUGUCUGUGUGCCGGUGUGUCGAUGUGUAUGUGUGUGUGCAGGACCAUUUGGGCCUGUAUCACCGGCUGGACCCGAAGCUCCAACACGAGAUAUACAACCGGGUGAGAUUGAGUGGAAUGGAGGAGACUGCCUACCUCUUUAUGUGGACGUAUGCGCCAUCCCCCUCCCAUGCGUCGCCGUAUGUUACAUGUGUGCAGGUUGACAACGAGACGCGUCAGCGGCUGAGAUCGCCGCUGCCCAUACCCGAGAAACAGACGGUGGCCAUCGAUCGAGUCGAAACAGACGGCCCUUUGUAUCAUGUGUGCUCUGCAUGGUGUGGUGUGUGUCCCUCCCUGCAGGAGAAUCACAUGAUCCGUGAGGCCGAGAAGGAUGAGAUUCGCAUCCACUCGAUCGACCAGCUGGUGCCAAUACAGCCCGACGAACAAGGCGAAACGGUCAGUCAGUACUUGAAACAGCCUCAUACACACUACACUCAUUCAGACAUUAUCCUCUGUGUGUGUGUGUGUUAAGAUUCCGAGUUCCCAGGAGUCGUACGAUUCGUCAGUGAAGCGGCAGAAGGAGUCCCUUUCAGAGACGGGCCACGAGGCCAUCUGGCACUUCAUGCAGAUCGUCAGGAGAAUGUGACUGACCACGUGAGUGAUUGCUGGUGAUAUAUGACUUAUACCUGAUGCCCAGCCACCAAGCGAGGGAGGCCGUGGGGUGCGUGUGUCUCUGUUUGCUUGUACAGGGGGGCAUGUGAUGUGUGUGCGUGUGCUCGAGGCGGGAAUGCCUCAAUUCUGGUUGGGUUGCUCUGUGCCUGUCUGGACAGCAUUCAUGGGACUGACCACAUUCUUGAAAAAGAAAUAUUCGUAAGUC